UCACAAGUCACAUGACUGAUGUGACCACACGGAAAAGAGUAGCUGUGCAGCAUCUAUAAUGCAGCUUCCUGCAGUUUUAUUUUUGGCCAUUUGAUUGCUGCACUCGUGUAGUUACUGUAAUGCGGAACUAACUGCUGCCAUCUCAGAUCUCAAUACAUCAGUUUCAUGCAGGUCUUAGUGUUACAGAAUAUCACUGACCAUGAACAAGAUGAAGAAGAAGACGCUGCCUGAGCGGAUCCUGAAUCACAUCCUGGAGAUUCUCUUCCUGCUGACAGGAGAGUUGUAGGUCAGUGUUACUGUGACAAGGUGAGUUCCUGUUAUUUGGAGUUCUUGGAGUAUUGGGGCUGAUUCACGUGUGACCAACAAGAUGACAACUGAGAAGAACCAAACCUCAGAGAUCUACAUGGUGACUGGGGAGGAAAAAAUGGAGUUUGAUGAAGUUGCAGUUUAUUUCUCGGAGGAGGAGUGGGGCUGUUUAACUGAAGAAGAAAAAGAGCUUUAUAAGGAUGUGAUGAUGGAGAAUUACCAGACCCUCCUGUCUCUAGGAUAUGUUCAUAUGAAACCUUUACUUGUUACAAAGAUUGAGCAUAGAGAGGAGCCGUAUGUGAGCAGUUUUCCAAAUAACAAAGGUGAAUUCACAAACUGCAGUUAUCCUAGUCAUGGUCAGAGUACAGAUACUUCUUUCCGUCUUCUCCAAAAUCAAAGAAGUCACGUAGGAAAUUUCUGUGGGAAAUUUUUCACAGAUAAAUCAUUUAUGUUUGACCAUCUGAAGUCUCGUACAGGAGAGAAAGGAUUUUCAUGUUCUGAAUGUGGGAAAUGUUUUAUUAGGAAAUCCUAUCUUAUUAUGCAUCAGAAAAUUCACACAGAUGAAAAAGCAUUUUCCUGUUCUGACUGUGGGAAAUGUUUUACACAGAAAUCAAAUCUUAUUGAUCAUCAGAAAAUUCAUAGAGGAGAAAAAGCAUUUUCAUGUUCUGAAUGUGGGAAAUGUUUUACUCGGAAAUCAUAUCUUAUUAGACAUCACAAAAUUCACACAGGAGAAAAAGCAUUUUCAUGUUCUGAAUGUGGAAAAUGUUUUACUCGGAAAUCGUAUAGUAUUGAUCAUCAGAAAAUUCAUACAGGAGAGAAAGCAUUUUCAUGUACUGAAUGUGGGAAAUGUUUUACUCAAAAAUCAACUCUUAUUAUGCAUCACAAAAUCCAUACAGGAGAAAAAGCAUUUUCAUGUUCUGACUGCGGGAAAUGUUUUACUCAGAAAUCAGAUCUUAGUAUGCAUCACAAAAUUCACACAGGAGAGAAAUCAUUUUCAUGUUCAGAUUGUGGCAAAUGUUUUACUCGGGAAUCACAUCUUAUUACUCAUCACAAAAUUCAUACAGGAGAAAAAGCAUUUUCAUGUUCUGAAUGUGGGAAAUGUUUUACACAGAAAUCAACUCUUAAUAUGCAUCACAAAAUUCAUACAGGAGAAAAAGCAUUUUCAUGUUCUGUCUGUGGGAAAUGUUUUAGUCGGAAAUCAUAUCUUAUUAUGCAUCACAAAAUUCACACAGGAGAAAAGGCUUUUUUAUGUUCUGUUUGUGGGAAAGGUUUUACUCGGAAAUCAGAUCUUAUUACGCAUCACAAAAUUCACACAGGAGAAAGAGCAUUUUCAUGUUCUGUCUGUGGGAAAUGUUUUACUCGGAAAUCAUCUGUUAUUUAUCAUCAGAAAAUUCAUACAGGAGAGAAAACAUUUUCAUGUUUUGACUGAAAUGUUUUACUCAGAAAUCGCAUCGUAUGUAUGAGAAAAUGUAUACAGGAGAAAAAGCAUUCUCAUGUUCUGACUGUAGAAAAUGUUUUACUCUGAAAUCACAUCUUAUCAGACAUCAGAAAAUUCAUACUGGAGAGAAAGGAAUUUUAUGUUCUGGAUGUGAUAAAUGUUUUGCUAUUAAAUCAAAACUUAUUACUCACCAGAAAAUUCAUAUUAAAGGAAAUCGGAGCUUAACCUCUUCAGCGCAGAGACAAAUAGUCAACAUUCAUACAAUUUAUAGAGUGCUGGUAUUUGCUACAUGUAGACCUCUGGUGGAUGAGCUCUUGUAGCUGUUUGAAGAUCCCUCUUCAUCUCAAGUGGUUAUGAAGUGGCUCAUUAUGUUUGUCAUCCACAGGGGAAUCUGGGAUCCCUAUAUAGGUUUUAGUAGCCUAGGGAUCACCUGUCACAAAUGUGCAUUUAUUUGAGUUUCAUGGGAGGGAGUCUCUAUGUGCAGAUCAAAGAUAUUUAAAUAUGUCCAAAGGCCCUUAUUUAUAUGUUGAUAACUCCAUCUUUUAACUGUAGUUACUGUUGAAAGCAUUAUAGUCAGGUGUUCACUAAAAUGACAGUGUUUCCCUAGCUGGAAUUUAAAUUAACUGUACAGGGUGAGUGAUCCCCUGUGUUAACAUCAAAGUGUGAGAGGCCACAAUGGAACCCACAAGGGUUGCCCCUUUAUUAUUUGCUCUCUCUAUUGAACCAUUGGCUGUAGCCAUCUGAAAAAACCAUAUGAUAAAGAGUAUCUUCUUAUAUGGUACUUAUCAGAAACUGAGUCUGUUUGCAGACAACCUGACAGUCUUUUUAACAGACCCUAAGAAAUCCCGUCCAAUUUUGUUUGACUUGUUUCAUUACUUUUGUUCCUUAUAUUAUAAACAGAAUGUUGAUAAAAUGGACAAUUAACACCUAAAUCUCUCUGAAAGACAGAUUCAAAGUUUACAGGUCCUAUACCAAUUUAAAUGGUGUUGUAGUGGACUCAAGCAUCUUGUUGUGCAAUUAUCGCAUAACUUCACUUGGUUAAUUGAAAAAAAUCAUGGCACCCUCUUUGCAGAACUUUAAUGUUAUC